GAAUAAAGAUAGAAAUACCAGAAUAACAUAUUUGACCCCAAUAUCAUAUCCCCCUCACAUGUAUGAUGUAUCUAUCUGCUCACCUACUCCCAGUAUAAAUAAUCUAUCUUCUCAUGUUUUGUUAUAACACCAGCCUAGAGAGAGAGAGAGAGAGAGAGAGGGUAGUAAAGGAGCUUAGAAACCAAACCGGGUUAAGCUUGAGAUGGAGUGGUGGUGGAGACUGUAUUGGGGGCUUGUGGUGAUUAUAAUGGUGGAAGAUGGUAGCCACGCUGAAGGAGGAGAAGUCACAUACGAUGGAAGAUCUCUCAUCAUUGACGGGAAGAGACAAAUGCUAUUUUCUGGUUCAAUUCACUAUCCACGUAGCACACCUGAGAUGUGGCCAUCUUUGAUAGCUAAAGCCAAGAAAGGAGGAUUGGAUGUUAUUCAAACCUAUAUAUUUUGGAAUCUUCAUGAGCCUCAACCUGGUCAGUAUGAUUUUAGUGGAAGAUAUGAUCUGGUGCGAUUCAUCAAAGAAAUCCAAGCACAAGGGUUGUAUGCUUGCCUUAGGAUUGGACCUUUCAUUGAGAGUGAAUGGAAUUACGGGGGGUUUCCAUUUUGGUUGCAUGAUGUCCCUGGCAUUGUUUAUCGAUCAAACAAUAAGCCAUUUAAGUUCUACAUGCAAAAUUUUACCACAAAAAUAGUGAACUUGAUGAAGUCGGAGGGUUUAUAUGCCUCACAAGGAGGUCCCAUCAUACUGUCACAGAUUGAGAAUGAAUAUCAAAAUGUCGAAGCAGCAUUCCACGAAAAAGGACCCCCUUAUGUUCGUUGGGCAGCUAAAAUGGCGGUUGGUCUCCAAACUGGCGUACCAUGGAUCAUGUGCAAGCAAACUGAUGCUCCUGAUCCAGUGAUUAAUACAUGCAACGGGAUGAGAUGUGGAGAAACUUUUGGAGGACCCAACUCACCAAAUAAGCCUUCAUUGUGGACAGAGAAUUGGACUUCUUUCUAUCAAGUAUAUGGCCAGAAGCCAUACAUAAGAUCUGCUGAAGACAUUGCAUUUCAUGUAGCACUUUUUAUUGCAAGAAAUGGAAGCUAUGUAAAUUAUUACAUGUACCAUGGUGGAACAAAUUUUGGGAGAACAAGCUCUGCAUAUAUCAUAACAGCUUAUUAUGAUCAAGCUCCUCUUGAUGAAUAUGGACUAAAAAGGCAACCUAAGUGGGGGCAUCUUAAGGAUUUGCAUGCUGCAAUUAAAUUGUGCUCUACACCUCUGCUGCAAGGAGUACGAACAAACUAUUCUUUAGGCCAACAUCAAGAGGCCAUUGUUUUCCAAGAAGAGAUUGGAGGUUGUGCAGCAUUUCUUAUAAACCAUGAUGGAAAUAACAUUACUGUACAAUUUCAAAAUAUAUCACUUAAAUUGCUUCCAAAGUCAAUCAGCAUUCUACCAGACUGUAAAAAUAUAGCCUUCAAUUCAGCAAAGGUGAAUACAAAGUAUAAUGACCGAAUCAUAACACUAGCACAAACUUUUGAUUCAACUGAUAGUUGGGAAGAAUUCAAAGAUGAGAUUGUGAACUUCGAAGAUACAUCACUAAAAUCAAAUGGCUUACUUGAGCACACGAAUACAACCAAAGACAAAUCUGAUUAUCUUUGGUAUACAAUUAGGCUUGAACACAAUUUUUCUUCUACCGAAGCAGUAUUGCAUGUUCAAUCUCUUGCACAUGUUGCGCAUGCUUUUCUGAACAACAUAUAUAUAGGUUCUGCAAAUGGAAGUUUUACUACGAAGAACUUCACGAUGGAUAUUCCAUUUAUGGUCAAAGAUGGAAUAAACAAUAUUUCUAUACUCAGCGUAAUGGUUGGGCUACAGGAUUCAGGAGCUUUUCUUGAAAGAAAAAAGACUGGCUUAACAACAGUGACAAUUCAAGGGGACAACAACAAAUUUUAUAAUUUGACAAACUAUGAAUGGGGAUAUAAGGUUGGACUACUUGGAGAAGAAUUGCAAAUAUAUAGAGAAGAAAAUGUGGGAGAUGUAGUGUGGCGUGAAAGUGGAAUCUCUACCAAUCAAACACUUACUUGGUACAAGAUAUUUUUUGAUGCACCCAAGGGAGAUGAUCCUGUUGCCUUAAACCUUAGUUCAAUGGGGAAAGGUGAAGCUUGGGUUAAUGGACAAAGCAUUGGUCGCUAUUGGAUUUCUUUCCAUGACUACCAAGGCAAUUCAUCACAAAUACUGUAUCAUGUGCCCAGAUCAUUCCUCAAAACUGGUGAAAAUCUUUUAGUUUUGCUUGAAGAAAAUGGUGGCAACCCUCUUCAGAUUUCCUUGAACACCGUGUCAAUCAUCAACGUACAAAAAGAUUCAUCUGACGAUCAGCUUGUCUCUUCCUUCGAAGAUUACAUAGAGAUGGAAAGUUAUAGGUAUUCUUAAUUUCUUAUUAGGUAUAGAUGAAUUCAAGUCCCCUACUAUACAAAGUGAUAAUAUAUAAUAGGCUAAUAAAUCUGUUUCCUCCUUGUCUGGGAACGAGCAUUUUGAGCAGAAUUCAUGAUGUAAAUCCCUUCACAUUCUUCAUUUAAAUAAUAAUCAAAGUCCAGGUAGUUAUUAUA